CGAUAUCGGGUCUGGAGUCAAAUAUCUCGGCAGCGAGGAGAGCCUUGGACGGUAUCGCUGUCCCCCAACUCUCCAAGUGCCGAGAAUGUCUCACCUUUCACCUCCUCCGUCACCACUGCCAGAGUCUGACCUCUGCACUCUCAACUCUGACCUCCAGCACCGCCCAGCUCCCACCCAUCGGCCACUCCCUCACAUCGGCCAAUUCCACUCUCCAGAGAUACACUGAGAACAACCUCACUAGAGGCACUUUUUAAGGAAGGACAAUUUGCCCCACGAAAGGCACCCUGAGAACAACUAGAGACUCCAUUACCUGUAUUUAGAAAGCAUUAAAAUUCCCUUUUCAGGGUUUUGAGAAUGUCUCGUAAAACCAGAACUAAAAGAAUUUUUUUACGAAAUGCAACAACCUCCUCACACCAUACUACUCCAUCCGUGCCUGUUCUUACACUCUCUCUAUGCACUGUCCACUUUCAACAGGCUCUGUGUAAGGAUGUGGAUGUGUUUGGAGAGCAGGUGGACGGAUGCAAGGAACACUACGAGGCUACCCUGCUGGGGCUCCUGUCUCGCUGCCUCAGGGAGAAGAAGGAGCUCGCCAGUAGAGCAAUCGGCGAGAGGGUCCGGGUGGCGAGGUCUGGAGUCAGCUUCUACAAGGGAAUGGAGAGGGGUAGUAACUGGGUCCAGAAGUCCCGCUCUCUCCUGGACUCCCUGGCCCAGAGGACAGAGUCCGUGGACCGGAGCGAGGAGGCAGCCGAGGUGAGAGACGAGCUCUCUGUCUACGUGGCCUGCACCGUCCAGGAACAGGAAGACAGAGUCACUGAGUGUGUGGAUCCGGCCGAAAUGGUUAUUCUGACCCUGGACAUAUGGCUGUGACUGCAUGUUGCUUUUUGUACAAUCAACAGUUUCUCUAUGCGCGUCUUUUAGAAGGUACUUUUUGUGACAAAGAGCAUUGUUGGUGGAGAUGAUGAGGCAUUCAGCUUUAUCUUAUCCUAGACCGUUCAUACUUUAAGAAAAGAGAGAAAUGAGCUAAAAUUCCU